CGCGGGGAGAGCGCUCUGCUUCCGAGGGCGAGCGCGGCUGCAGCGGGCGGCAUGGCGAGCACCGCCUUGGAGAUCAUCGCGUUCACCGUGUCUAUCUCGGGCUGGUUGCUGGUGUCUUCCACGGUGCCCACCGACUACUGGAAGGUAUCCACCAACGACGGCACGGUCAUCACCACCGCCACCUUUUGGGCCAACCUGUGGAAGACAUGCGUUACCGACUCCACAGGGGUCUCCAACUGCAAGGACUUCCCCUCCAUGCUGGCGCUGGACGGUUAUAUCCAGGCAUGUAGAGGACUUAUGAUUGCCGCUGUCAGCCUGGGCUUUUUUGGUUCCAUAAUUGCCCUGUUUGGAAUGAAGUGUACCAAAGUCGGAGGCUCAGAGAAAGCCAAAGCUAAAAUUGCUUGUUUGGCUGGGGUUGUAUUCAUACUGUCAGGGUUAUGCUCAAUGACCGGUUGUUCCUUGUAUGCAAACAAAAUCACAACGGAAUUCUUUGAUCCUCUCUUUAUUGAUCAAAAGUAUGAAUUAGGAGCCGCUCUGUUUAUUGGAUGGUCAGGAGCCUCACUCUGCAUAAUUGGUGGCGCCAUAUUUUGCUUUUCAAUAUAUGACAACAACAAAACACCCAGAAUGAACUACGCAUACAAUGGGGCCACAUCUGUCAUGUCUUCUCGGGCAAAGUAUCACGGUGGAGAAAAUGUCAAAACCGCAACCCCCCCCAAACAGUUUGAUAAAAAUGCUUACGUCUAAAGAGCACUGCUGCAAGCUGUGACUUGGGUUUGUUAUAAAGGUGAACCGUUCACACAAUGAUCCCAUUGGGGCUCUCCUAUAAUUAACACUCAAACUAUUUUUAAAAUAUGAAUUUUUGAAGUUGUUGAUUGUAUGGAUGUAAAUGUUCUUACAUAGUUAUAGACUAAUCAUUUUCUGUUAUGGCUUUCUAUAAAAAAAUAAACAGGUUAUUUACAGGAUGUG